AUGCCAAGUAGUUCAACAUCUUCAUUACUUGGCAGAUCAGAUGAGGCAUUUAAUGGCACGAAGUUGAUGAGACUAAUUUUGGAUGGUGGAACAGAAGCAUUGAGGAACAUUUUUAGAAAACUUCACCCUGGCAAUUUACAGGUUGUAUUAUCUACUAAUCAGUGCGUUCUUUCAAACCUCAGAAGUCGCAAAAUAAUCAAUCAAAACCAGUGGAAUAAAUUAUACCCUGUCCCUCCCAACCAACCAAAUAUUAAGGAUUUUGACAUAACUUUACUAUCUGUUCUUUUAAGAAACAUAUGUAGUUUAUCACCACCAUGUUUCGGUUGGGACAAAAUGCCCAAUAUUUCAGAUCAUUCUGUUGAAGCCGAUAUCAUUCGUAUAAGGUUUUUUCGUAAUGAGCGUUUUGGCCACAUACCCAAUACAGCAGUUAGUACGGCAGAUUUUAAGACUUUCUGGGCAGAAAUAAGUUUACCAUUAGUUCGCUUAGGAAUAGACCAGAAAAAAAUAGAUAGAUUAGAAAAUGAGGAGUGUGGGGAAGAGGAAGUGGAGCGAGUGGUGAAGGAAUGGAAUGAAUGUGAUAACAAAAUUGUGAAAGCUUUGGAAGAAAACAGGAAAGUUUUGAAUGAUAUGAAGACAUUUGUUGAACAAGGCAAAGAAUCUCGAUCGUAUGGUGUGUUAAACAAGCACCUUGUUUGUUUCGACUUUCAGAGGGAGAUAGAAUUAUAUGACGGAAAACUUACCAGAGGUACUCGAAAAUGGGUAUUUGAACAAAUUUCAACCUGGUUUAAUAAAGAAACUUCCAAAAAUCGUGCAUUUAUCAUUUGUGCCCUUGCUGGCAUGGGUAAGUCUGUUAUCGCCGCUGUUAUCUGUAAACGAUUUGCCGAGUACAUUGGUGCAUCUCAUUUCUUUGAAUACAAUAACAGUCAAUACAACAAUCCAAAUUUCUUCCUUCAGUCUUUAGCUUGGCACUUAUCCAAAGUUCUUCCUGCGUACAAAGAAGCUCUUAUAAAGAAGCUUUCUGGGAAUUUGAGGAAAUCCUUGAAUGAUAUGAAUAUUGAAGGGUUGUUUGCGACUCUUUUUAAAGAACCGUUUUCAGGUAUUUCUGAUCCUGGAAAGCGUAUAUUGAUUGUGCUGGAUGCUGUUGAUGAAAGUGAAUACUAUGGAAGAGAAGAACUUGCUAAGUUAAUCUCUAAUCAUUUGCAUAAGCUUCCUUUUUAUCUUCGAUUUCUGAUCACCACAAGGCCAGAGAAAAAACUUCUCAAUACGUUCACAAAACUUAACCCCUUGUUUAUUGAAGCUAAUGAUGAGCGAAAUUUGAAUGACAUCAAACUUGUCUUACAAGACAAAAUUCCAAGUUCAAAUCAUCCUACCGCAGAUUUUAUCAACAGUUUAGCUCAAAAAUCUAAUGGUUUAAUGCUUUACGCGUUUUUUCUUACCGAAAUUUAUCAGGACAAUGUCCCCAUUCAUGAUAUGGAUAGUUUGCCAAAAGCUGUCGAAGAGUGUUAUGAAAACUAUUUCCAAAGAUUGGAAAGGGAAUUAAAACUUCUUAAAAUUCCCAAAGAUAAAUUUUUGGGCUUCUUAAGUGCUCUUGCAGUUGCUAAUGAACCGUUGCCAGAGGUAUUUGUUGGAACCCUUUUUGGCUUUGAAAAUUCUGCAGAUACAAAGCAAAAGGUAGCAAAAGCCACUAAUGUUCUUUCGUCACUUCUUGUGAUCCAGAAAGACAAAUCCAUUUCGUUCUUUCACAAAUCAUUAAGAGAUUGGGUUGUUGAUUACUCAGAGCAUGACUACUCUGUUAAUGUGCAAUAUGGUCAUAAGAUUCUCUUUGAUCUGUGUGUUAAGAAAUUGGACGAUUUGAAGAGAAAUGGCGUUAGUAAGGAAGGUAUUGCUAGUACUGAUAUUAAGUAUGCAUUAAAAUGCUGGAUAUCUCACAUGCUCAAAGGAUUAGAAGAUGCAGGGAAACUAGAAGGGCUUGCAAGCGGUUAUGUGGUAGAUCUAGAAGUUAUGUUUGCUAGUGUUUGUGUUAAUGUAAAUGUUGCUUUGGAAAAUGUUGCAAGUCUCCGGAGUCAUGAGAUGUCCAAACAUGUUUCUGACAAUACGAGAGCACUAGUGAGGGAAUUGUGUUUCCUAAUUCGAAAGUUUGCUUUUUCGUUACGAGAAUAUCCGCAAACUUUUUUGCAGAAUGUUGUUAACGAGGGUGGAGAACAACUUUCGCCCAAGGCGUCAACUUUGCUUCAAACACGUUACAAGGAUAUUUUUUAUUUCCAGUUAAAUAAGCAACAUAGGACAAAUGACGCGAUUGACGCCCGUUGUCAUCUUUCUGCCACAAUAUCGAGUAUUGAUGUAUCUCCUAAGCAUGAUUACGUUGUCUGUGGUUAUAGAGAGGGCGGAAUUGAACUCUUUUCUUUAGCAACGGGUAUGCCUGAGUGGAAAAUACAAGAUUUUACCCUGGAAUUGCCAUCUUACAAUUAUAUGUUUGAUCCUAUGAUUUAUAUGUUGCCACAUAAUAUAGUUUUUCAUCCUCGAGAAAGCCUCAUAUUGCCCGGGAGGCUCGAUAAGGUGUUAACUUUGCAGGGAACAUUCACAACUGGACCAUUUAAUUCUGAUGAAGGGAGUUCUGUAUUUACCAAUUGUUGUUUUUCCGUGGAUGGAAACAGAAUGAUCACAAAUUACGACAAUCAUUUAUUUGUUUGGAACGUUUUUAGCGGCAAUGUCGAAAGAUGUUUUUUAUGUAAUACGCUCUGUUCUUUUUCUUUCUCUGCUAGUGGCAAUUUUUUGGCCACCACUGAUAUUGAGAAUGUUUUUAGAGUCUACGAUGUGACGAGUGAUUACAACGUUAAUUCAAUAAGAAUUGAAAAUGAGUGGCCAGUCGAAAUUAUUUCUACUUUUGAACAAAAUUCGCGGCUUUGUUCUGUUGGUCAAGUGUUGCGCAUUGUGAAUCAUGAUCUCUUUCUGUCAUUUGAUUUUGGCUCUGUAGUUCACAUGGUUCUUCCAAGUAAUGUCCACUCUUCUCAUGAAUUACAAUUUUUUUUUCAACAUCCAGAGCAGUCUUGGUUGUCACGAAUGAGGAAAAACGUUCAUGACUUGUCAUUGUGGUCUAACUAUACUGCAACUAGAUACAUCUUAACAGGUGAUAAAAAUGUGCUGGUCUUCUCGUGCAAUUCAAAUAUCAUGCGCGUUUUUAGCAUAGAGGGUUUAAUAGAAACAGAGCAAUCGGCACCUAACGUCCAUGAAAACGUCUUUUCAAACAUAUCUACGAAUGGUGAUUUUGUUUAUUUAAAUAACCGUUCGACCAAAAAUGUUACUGUUUGCAAACUUGGUUCACAAGACAAAUAUUCAAGACCUCUAGAACUAGUAAAGAAAUUAGAUUUCUUGGUUGUGAGAGACGGAGUGAUUUUUUACAGCGCGAGACAUGCAUUUAUUCCAGAGCUCUGGAACAGCGAUGUCACGGAAUGUCUUUCAUCCCUUGACCAACUAGCUGGCACGAAGGAAUGCCUGUCAGUUUCGGACGAAGUAAUUGCAUGUGUGUUUUUCCAGACACGCGUGGCACGCAAGUUUCACAUUAUAUUUUUUAAUGUUUUAACCCGACAAAUAGCAAAUCAAAUGAGUUUUGGCGAAAAUAGUCCGUCAGUGUGCGGAAUGUCUGUGGACGCACGUAGUGUCAAAUACCAUGUACUCACCGAGAGGGAUGUUCAUGAAGUUUCUCUAUGGAAAGAUGGAAAGAAGGUAGAUGGCUGGAAAGAUGUGUUUUCUCAAGCUGCAAUACCAUCAGACAUUUUCAGUGCAGAAUUUUCACCCGAGGGAAACAAAUUAGCAUUAUCCUAUUUGGAUUGCAACAAAAUAUGGAUCUUUGAUGUUGACUCAACAAGUUUUCUUGCUCAGAUUCCAAUUCUUGGGCCAGAUUUCGACAAUCCAGUUUUGAAAUUCUUUGACAACGAAAACUUACUUUGUGGCUCAUGCAAUAAUAUGUUAUAUUCUAUUAACGUAAAUCGUGGUGAGAUUUUAACGUGUUUAGAUAUAGGUGAUAAACCAACACCGAUUUCUGUAUGUCGUAAACGAAACAUUGUUUGUGUUGGGCUUAACAAGUCAAAACAUUUUAAGUUAGUAAAAGUUUGCUUGCCUCGGAGAAUGCACACUAGCUUGAUUUAA